UUGAACACCUAUUAAAUUUGGGGUACUGUUAGGCAUUGUAUAUUCAUUAUCUGAUUUAGUCUUUAGCUCAAUAACUUAAAUAUCAUAGUUACCUGUUUUACAGAUGGGCGCUAGGUUAGAAAGUUUAAUUAAAAAGUAACACACUGCGUAAGUGGUUAGAAUUUGACAGAAUAAGGCCUUUGUCCUACCUACAACAACAAAUUGUUUGAAAAAAUUGCUAUUCCUAUCAGGACCUCUUCUGAACUGUCUUCACUAUUUUGUUAACAGGCAUUAUUUCCUCAAGGGGAAAAACAAAUAAACAAAUAAAAACUCUCGGAAACUAAAGAGAAGACAGAGGAGAACCUCGAAUAGUGGUAAUUUUUUUCAACCUCAUCUACAUCUCAAUUCCAAUACAAUCUGUAAUAUUUGGGAAUCAACAGGGAGGUUACAAAGAAGAAGUUAACUAGUAAAUAGUAUUUAUUUAAAAGUGCCCUUUGUGUACGGAAUCCAGCUAAAAGAUUAACAGUUACUAAAACAUCCCAACAAGCCAACUGCUUUCAAAAAGGCCUCUACCACUAACACAAGAUGGUGCCAUUAGCAUAUUAUGAUCAACAUUUUAUGCCAUUAUACCCGUCUUGCCAACUGGCCACAACCAAUUCAUUAACACAUCAGUACAAAGGUGAUAAACUAAAUCAACUCAAUAACCAGCCUGCGACCAGAGCGGAAUCAUACAGCAACCAAUUAGCAGUGCCUCCACUGGGCUCUGAUCAGAAGAAGGUCCAGAGCUAUUCAGUACUGACCUUUCCCCAGGCUCACAACAAAAUUUCACAAGGUUCUUCUAACAGAGUUCUUCUGAAAUCACCAUUAUCCAAUCCCAAAUAUCAGGCUACACCUUCACCAGACCUCCACUGGGGAACUCCUUCUCUGGGGUCUAAUGAGAGAGCCUUGAGAUCACCUUUUCCCUACCCCAAACCUCAAACAACAUCUCUACUUGACCUCAAAAUGACAUCAUCAUCACUGAAACCCAGUCAAACAGCCCUAAAUUCACCAAUACCACUCCCGAAAUCUCAGACCAUAUCAUCCCCAGAGCUUUGCUGGACACCACCUACACUGAAGUCUAACCAAAGAGUUUUGAGUUCAUCAUUAUCCUCCCUCCAACAUCCAGAAAAAUCUUCCCUAGGUAUCCUCUGGACAUCGUCUUCUUUGGGACCCAAUGGAAGAACGCUUUGCUCAACAUUACCUCAAUCUAAGCCUCAGAAAACAUCACUGAACUGCCUUUGGGCAUCUGUAUUGGAGCACAAUCAGAGAUCUCUGAGUUCACCAUUACUCAACCCCAAACCUCAAACAAACAACUUUCUUUGUACAUUCCCUUCAUUGGAACCUCAUCAAAUGACUCUUAGCUCAUCGUUACCUGACUCCAGACCUCAGAAAACUCCUGUAUUGAACUCUAAUCCCAGUGUUCUGAGCUUACCACUGCCUCACUCAAAAUCUCGGAAAAAAACUUUACCACUUUAUGUCCACCAGACUCAGAGUUUGCCGUUGUUCCCACCCAAAUCUCAGACAACGUUUACACUUGAUCGUGAGUGCUGGACUCUGAGCUCACCAGUUUGCCACUCCAAGCUUCAGAAGACCACAUCACCAAGUGCCAAACAUAGAGCCAUAAAUUCACCAUCAUACCAACUCAAACAAAGCAUCUCAGGUGAAACGUCAUCAAGCUCUGAGUACUGCAUCAAGGAAAUGGCUGUUUCAGCAUUGAUCUCCAAACUCCACAGUAGAAGAAGUUAUGAUGUUUGUGCACACACAGAAUCAAAUAAAGAAAUUCCAUGGACUUUAGAUUAUAUUCAACCCUGCAUUGUUAAAGGUGGAAUUAUCCCUGAUGAUGUUGUACAUAAAAUUGUCAAUUCUAUCUCCAAGAGCAAAAUUCAGAGGGAUCUCUCCAGGCAGAUUCUCUUUCGAAGGAUGAGGGGAAGGCCAAACCCUCGUCCUGGUCCCCGUAUUUCAUUAAGUUAUAUGGUUUGUUUAGUGUGUGCUUCCUGCAUAAACUUUCAGUGUAACCAUCUUACAGGAAGAAAAGACCCUCGUGGUGCAACAUUGUUUGUCAUACCAACACCUGAGCCCAAUUCUGAGGGAGAAAUUGAGGUAAAAUUAGUUCUUAUCCUUUCUCUACCAGAGACGUCUUUCUCAUCUUCCUCUGUGGAAGGAAAACAGCUUGAUCAAGUAUCUGAAGACAACCUUGAAGGAAUGGAGAAGAUAUCACAGAUUGCCCCUACCUCCGAGCCUGAUAUCAUCCAGGGACCUGAUACCAAGAAAAAUUGGUUGACAGUAGCCCCCCAAAACAAAGUUAUAAGCCAACAGCCCCAGGCUAUUGACUGGCUACUUUAUGUUAAAAAAAGUAACAGUUCUCAGUUGAAGUCCCAGAGCCCAUCUCCUUCUUCCUCUUCCUCCUCCUCGUCUUCCUCCUCCUCAUCUUCCUCUCCCUCUACACCCUUCUCACCCUCUACUGUCAAAGAUGCCACCACACCUACUUUAUCAGAAUGUGUGUUCACUAAGGUACUUGGUUACCACCGCUUGCCCCCAGGGGUCUCCUGGCUUGAGUUUAUAAAAAGUAAAAAUCAUCAGCCACUUCCUGGAAAACCACAUCAAAGUCAAUCACCGCCUCCCAAAUUAAGGCCUAUAAGGAAAAGCAGCGCAGCAAAAGAGACAAAGGGGCCAAAUAUACUGUUCAGAUUUUUCCAGACAAAAUUUCAAAAUGAAAGGAAUCCUGAUUAAAUUAACUUUUUGACUCUUCGAAAGAAAUUGACCUCUUAGUUCUUUAAAACUCAUAUUUGAUUUUCUAUCAUGCUUAUUAAUAUUCUUAGUAGUAACUUAAGCAUGACUUUUAUUUAAGCUGAUUAAACAUGUAGUUAAGGAGGGACUAUUUCCCUUAAUACUCUUUUCUAGUAGAUAAUAGCUUUGAUCUCUACAAGCCGAAACUGAAUUCUAUGAUUGUAACCCAGUGCCUGGCUUAUGGUAGCCACUGUAUAAUCAUUGUUGAAUGAAUGAAUUAAUCAUAGUUGCCCAUAGACCGGAAAUACUUCAUUUUGCCCUGAACAGUAUCUAUUUCAAUUGCUAGUCUCUUUUCUCAUAAGACAUGAUAAUGACAGUAUUCUUAAACUAGUUUGGACUAAACUAUUGUCUCAAUCUCUAAAGAAAAUUCAGAUCACUGUUCCGUAGGUAAGAGAGUAUAUAGCUAGGAAUCUUUUCAGCUAAAGUUCCUAAAGAUAAUUCUAUGGUAAGAUCCUACACGCUGGAAUCAUGAUUUAUUCAGCCUUAGUUAACAAACCUGAGGAGAGACAGAAUAACAAACUGUUACAAACAGCCCUUCUUCAUGCUAUGUCAAUAUAUCAAUUACAAGCUUCUGAAAUCAGCUGCUCAUCACUUCUAUCCAUAUAAGCAAAAUGGUUAAUAAAAAAGGAGAAGGAAUGUUUAUAAAAUGUUUUUGUUUCACUGAGUAUACUGGUAGUGGGAAGAGAAGGUAUAAACUGUUAACAUGCUAGGUUGCUAAUGGAAACGUUGGUGGUUCAAGUCCGUCCAGAGCCACUUCCAAAAAAUCAGCCACUGAAAGCCCUAUGGGGCACAGUUCACUAUGACACACAUGGGGUUGCCAUGAGUCAGAAUCAGCUUGAUGGAAACAGGUUUUGACCAGUUUACAUGCCCUGCUGACUCACAAUUCUGCUUCUCCACCCCAGAUUUUUCCUGAUCACCAGAUUGCAUACUGGACCUUUCCAAUUGGGACAUGGUAUAAACAUCUCAAACUCAGUACGACCAAUCCUGAAUUCAUCACCUUUAAUCAUCUCUGAAUCCCCUACCUCAAUAGGUGGAGCACCAUCCAUCAUGAUGUCGUGUUUGAUUCUUUUUUCUCAUUGCUCCUCUCUGAAUCUUUGAGUUCUACGGCCCUAUUACCUCUAUAAUCCAGCCUUUCUUUCCCCCAUCUCCAUUACCACUGUCCUAGCUGUGUUCAAACCAUUUGUCACCUGGAUUACUCAAUAACUCAUAAACGUGCACUCUGACUUUUGAAUACAUUUCUGAGACAUGCAUUUGAGAAUGCCACUAUGCUGCUUUAAAUUCUUUAAUGAAUGCCCACUGUCUUCUGAAGAUGGAGUCUCUGGAUGGCACAAAAAGUUACAUACCCCUCUACAUACCAAAAGAUUGGCAGUUUGAACCAACCCAGAAGCACCUGGGAAGAAAGGUGGUCUGGUUCCCAAACUUCAUAGCCUUGAAAACCCUAUGAAGUACAGUUCUGCUCUGCAUACGCGGGGUUGCCUUGAGUCAGAACUGACUUCCUGCCAACUGAUUUGGUUUUCUGGGGCAAGUCUAAAUGCCUUUAAUGAUUGUACUAUGCUAACUUCUCAUCCUUCUCCAGCCCCCUACCAGGUGCUUCAGCUACACAGUGUUUUUUACAAUGUGUAUAAUGUGCCACCAAAACCCAUUGCUGUUGAGUUGACUCCGACUCCUUGCAUCGCUACAGGACAAAGUGGAACUGCCUCAGAGGGUUUCCAAGGCUGUAAAUCUUUACAAAAGCAGACCACCACAUCUUUCUCUUACAGAGCCGCUUGUGGGUUCAAACCACUGACCUUCCUGUGAACAGCCGAGAGCUUUAAGCACUGCACUACCGGGGCUCCUAAUGUGCCACAGCCCUCCUUAUAUCCUACAUUUUUUAAAUCAAUAAUCCUGCUGCUUAGAAAGAUGGUCUCAUCUAACCGUUUUUAUCCUACAGGACUCUGUUUAGUCUUGACUUCUUCUGGGGAAGUUUUUUUCUGAUCUACUGCAAAGCUGACCCUCCUAUUACCAUAAAACUCUGUGUCCACGUGUUUUUUGGCUGCUCUUAACGUUAUUAUGUAUUGGCUGUCUUCACUCACUUGUCUGACUUCACUCACUAGACUGCAAACUUUAUGUUUGCCAUUUUAUGGUGAUUUUUUAACCAGUGCUUGGAAUAGAGUAAAUGGUCAAUGAUGCAUAUUGAUACUGAGUUAAUGCUAUUUACACUCUCUAACUUUUCAAAUCCUCUUAAGUGAAUAAUAUUUGGUUGGUCUGUUCUUUCCAGUAGGAUUAAUACCACAUUGUUCUUUUAACCCUUUAUCUUGAUUAGGAGUUCCAUAAAAAUGUCAACUGAUGACAAACGAGUCAUUCUUGUCUUAAUCUUAGGGGAAAAGUGUUUUAGUAUUUCAGCAUUAAUUAUGCUGUUGGCUAAUGUACAGCUGAUUAGUAAUGAUCAGGAAGAAUUUCUGUGAAAAAUGUGUUCAAGAACUUCUCCAGCUGCCUUAGAAAGCCCUUGGCAUGUGCUCUAUCCAUUCUAACCAUCCCUUGUGAUACACAUCACUUUUGUAGUUGCUUUUUGGAUAUCUGGACUAAACUUCGUGAGUGCAGGCCCUAUGUCUGUAUUGUUCAUCACUAAACACUCAGGACCUGGUUGUACUUGACAUAUACUAAGCAUGCUAUAAGUAUUUGUGGAAAUCAACUAAUUUGUAUUUACUGAUGUAACUUACAUGUUUAAUUUUACAUCUUUUAGUUUGUUUUCUAAACUUAAUGCCUCAGUUUAGUUUUUUUUUUCUUUUGUCCCAUUUCUUUAUUUUUUUGGACUAGGAUUUAGUUGCUUUUAAUUUCUUUAUUGUAUUGAAAGUUACUUAUCAUGUUCUUAAUUCUAAUAGUGCCUACAUUCAAAAUUUUUUUUCAAAAAAGAUUUUUUAACCUAUAUUUUUCUAAUAUUUGAACUUGUGAAUAAAACUGCUUGAAGCUUAUGGGAAAAAGAUGUCUACAUGAGCAAUAAAUAUCCAACUCCUUGCCUCUCUCUCUUCCAGCUUCUUUAGAGAUAACAAUGAAAUAUCAAAAAUAGAGAAAAACAUGUACCAGUGACAGAAAA